UUCCUCAUUGAUGCCUUGGACUGCAAGACUUCAGCAAUGAGCUUCUUUGAGAAAAUCAGACGGCUGACAAAUAAUGCUUUCCCGGACACUGUCCCAGAUCGCUAUCGAGAACUCAUGAGAGUAUCUCGACUCUGGCGGGACUUGAAGAACCGUAAAUGGUUUGGAUUUGGCCAUGACAAGGAAGCGCCCCCUAGUGCAGGAGAUCUUGCCCUAUUUUGCCCUUCAUGUCCACAGCCCGGAAUCAAUAUGCCUCUUGUUUGGG